CAGACGGGCAACAUAGGGACAGAGAGGCCCCGGGUCUAGCUUGAAGGCAGGAGCGUUUCAGCAGACACAGCCAUGGCUAACAUCGCGGUCCAAAGAAUCAAGCGGGAGUUCAAAGAAGUUGUCAAAAGCGAAGAGACAAGUAAAAACCAGAUAAAAGUAGACAUGGUGGAUGAAAACUUCACAGAACUGAGGGGGGAGAUUGCAGGUCCUCCAGAUACACCAUAUGAAGGUGGAAAAUAUCAGCUUGAAAUAAAAAUCCCAGAAACCUAUCCUUUUAACCCACCAAAGGUGCGUUUCAUCACUAAAAUCUGGCAUCCUAACAUCAGUUCUGUGACAGGAGCUAUAUGUCUGGACAUUUUAAAAGACCAGUGGGCAGCUGCUAUGACCCUCCGGACAGUGCUGUUGUCAUUACAGGCUCUUCUUGCUGCAGCAGAACCAGAUGAUCCACAGGACGCUGUUGUAGCAAACCAGUAUAAACAGAACCCAGAAAUGUUCAAACAGACUGCACGGCUGUGGUCACACGUGUAUGCAGGCGCUCCUGUAUCCAGUCCUGAUUACACAUGCAAAAUAGACAAACUCUGUGCCAUGGGCUUUGAUAAGAAUGCAGUAAUAGCAGCCUUGUCUUCAAAAUCUUGGGAUGUGGAAACGGCGACAGAGCUCCUGCUCAGCAACUGAAACCCAGCCAGGUGCGAGGAUCCUUCAUCAUAGCAUCAGCUCCCCUCGCUCCUUGGCACAUCCCACCAUUGCCUUUUGUUACGCAGACAACCCCACUCCCCCAUUCACCACAGCAGUCUGAGCCUUCUUUUCGAACAUGUUUGUUUGCUACAAACUCAAAAUCAGUAGCCCCACUAUCUUCAGUGAGCAUCACACCACCUUGUUGCCUGUCUGACCACAUCUGUCCGUUAUGAGUCUUUUUCUGCCACUAACUCAAACUGUGUAAAAGUCCAAUACAAACUCACGGUCAUCUGUCUUGUCUUCCAUGCCCUUCAGUCGUUUUUGCUCUGAAGCUUUUUUUCCUUAUUUCUCUAAUUUCUGUUCCUCAGUAUCACUGAAAAUCAAGUAACUGCCAUUGCCUGUUGGAUUUCCCAGGGUAGAAAUAUAAAGGACAUCCUGAAUAAUGUUCUCACAUGAAAUCACCAUUAACUCCGACAGUCAUUUGGAGCUUACAUGGACAUAAAAUACUACUAAGUUCUAGUAGGACAAAAUUGACACGACAGGAGGAGUGUGGUGGAUAAUAGCGAUUAGCUAAUUGUAGAGAUUUCACUCAGCUGCAGAGGGUCAGAUGUAAAGGUUUAAUUUUCCAUUCGUAGAAUCAAAGAUCACGCAUCGCCAUACAUCUGCAUACAUGCUCUGAAGGUAAAAUGUAUCUGUAAAUAGACGCGUGUACAUUUGAAAAUACAAUGGGGCUAUACCUUUUUUUCUUACAUAGCAUUGUAAAACAAAAUUAUUUUAAAUAUAAACUAUGCCUAGUUUACAAUUAUGAUGGAGAAAUAUCUUUUAAAUGCUUUUGUGAAUCCAGGAGAAAUCCCUCUAAAUAGUCAGUUUUUGUUUGCUUUGGUGAAAUUGGCGGGGGGGGGGGGGGCAGCCAAAUCCUGUUGCAAAAGGCGCAGGUGAUGGUUAGCUCAGGCUUAAGACGGUCAUUACAUGCUACCUUUUCUGCUCCACCAUAAUCCAGCCUUUUCUUGUGUCUUUUAUUUUCCUUGCAUGUUCUGCACUGCCUUUACUUUGUUUGGCCAAAUGAUGUGGUGAUGGGGUGUCUGUUAAGUUUAACUUCCCCUCAGACUCAUGGAGCUUGCAGGACUCUUUCCAAACAUUUGGAAAGAAAUGCCAGGAUCCUCUGCUCGGCAAGCCACUUUUUCUUUAAAGCACACCCAGUUUGGCUUCAUAUUUGUGGGGAACCAAAGCCUUUACUGUCGAUUAAGUAUGUUGCUGGAAAAUAUUCUCCUCUGCUCUGAACAGGAGAUAACCGACCUCAAGGAAGAAAUGAGCGAUACUGAAUGCCAUUGAUUUCGUGAUGCUGUGGUUUUGUUUUAACUUGUUUUUAGAACAAUUGUUUCCAUCCAUGUGCACACUAUUUUCAGCCACGGAUUAAGGAUUUGCUCUCAGCCCUGAUGUUGAUCAUGCGAAGGGGCUUCAUCACUAAUCAUGGAACCAGCCCAGCUGUUUUCAAUCAAACCUUUGGCCAUAUUUAGAGGUAUACAGGCGAUAUCCUAUAUAUCCAAACUUGCUUUACUACACAGCCAAAUAAAUUGCUCAUUGAGGUUGUCUGUGAAUGAUGUCUUAUGAGUAAAAAAAGAGGCUGGAACUCCUCUGUUAUUGUAUGAAGCAUAUAGCAGGCCUGCACAGUGUUUUCACAUAUUUUGAUUUGAGGUACAUGGACUGUAAAGAAACGCUCUGCAUAUGGAGAAGUGGGGUUUGGAUUAAUCCUCACACAUGGCCUUUUUCUUCUUUUUUUGGAAUCAAUCUUCCUUGUGCUUGCCCCCAGACUCAUUACAACACAGACAUUGUGCACCUUCUCCACUGAUGGUGUACUGCUUCCAGCCAAAGCCCCCUCCCCAACCCAGAAAAGCUCAUAGUCAGCAGUCCACACGGUCUCCUUUACCUGUAAAUACUCCGGUUCUUGACAGAACCCUCUUAUUAUCACUAGAGUGCACCAUUGAUGGCUGGAUCUAUAUUUUGUAAUAAAAGGAAAGGACAAAUAAAGGUAGAGAAGGCCCCCUCCCCGUCUUCCUGGUGUUGUAUGUACAAUAUUGCACGAUGACGAAGAAGCAUAAAAACAAGGGGCUGUUGCAUCUCGGUUUCUCCAUUUGGAUUGAGACUUGAUUUUUUUUUUCCUCUUUUGUUUCCUUGGAAGCAAGCAUCAGCAGUAUAAAAAGCAUGGUUAUUUAUUGUGACAGUGUCAUGUUUCUUUGAUUAAAAAAGUGGAAAAUUA